UGACUCCAUCCGUACCUUUGCCGGCACUAUGUUGUAAAGCGCAGUGGCAAUAAUUUCCGACGCCACAGUUUCCCUCUCCUCCUUUUCAAAACCCCAGUCCCCGCCACCAACCACAAACACUGCAAAAAAGCAAAAUCAUAUAUUCACAGUCAGAUCCCUCAUCUUUCUCGAUCGAAACCCUAGCUAAAUUCGAAUUUCCCCCAGGAAAAGGAAAAUGCCGAGGGAAAUAAUUACGUUGCAAGUGGGGCAAUGUGGGAACCAGAUCGGAAUGGAGUUCUGGAAACAGCUAUGCCUCGAACAUGGCAUUAGCAAAGAUGGCAUUCUCGAAGACUUCGCCACUCAGGGAGGUGACAGGAAAGAUGUUUUUUUCUAUCAAGCCGAUGAUCAACACUAUAUUCCACGUGCAUUACUGAUGGAUUUGGAGCCCAGAGUGAUUAAUGGUAUACAAAAUGGGGAAUACAGAAAUCUCUACAAUCACGAGAAUGUAUUUAUUGCAGAUCAUGGAGGUGGUGCUGGAAAUAACUGGGCAAGUGGAUACCACCAGGGUAAGCAAUAUGAGGAGGAUCUAAUGGACAUGAUUGAUAGAGAAGCGGAUGGAAGUGACAGUCUUGAGGGUUUUGUACUGUGCCAUUCAAUUGCUGGCGGAACAGGCUCAGGUAUGGGAUCAUACCUACUGGAGACGCUGAAUGAUCGCUACAGCAAAAAACUCGUUCAAACAUAUAGUGUAUUUCCCAACCAAAACGAGACAAGUGAUGUGGUGGUACAGCCAUACAACUCCCUUCUAACACUCAAGCGACUGACUUUGAAUGCUGACUGCGUAGUUGUUCUCGAUAAUACUGCACUUAAUAGGAUUGCUGUGGAACGCCUUCACAUCUCUACUCCUACUUUUGCCCAAACAAAUUCUUUAGUUUCUACAGUCAUGUCAGCAAGCACGACAACUUUGCGCUAUCCAGGAUACAUGAACAAUGACUUGGUUGGACUUCUUGCUUCUCUGAUCCCUACUCCUCGAUGUCAUUUUCUAAUGACAGGAUAUACACCACUCACAGUGGAGCGACAAGCUAAUGUAAUUCGCAAAACAACCGUACUAGAUGUGAUGAGAAGACUUCUUCAGACAAAGAACAUCAUGGUUUCCUCUGCUCGAACAAAAGAAGCUAGUCAGGCAAAAUACAUAUCAAUACUGAACAUUAUUCAAGGAGAAGUGGAUCCUACUCAGGUUCAUGAAAGUUUACAGAGAAUACGUGAAAGAAAGCUUGUAAAUUUUAUUGAAUGGGGCCCUGCCAGCAUUCAGGUUGCUCUAUCUAGAAAGUCUCCUUAUGUUCAGACUGCUCACAGGGUCAGUGGUCUCAUGCUAGCAAGUCAUACUGGUAUCCGCCACUUAUUCUCCAAGUGUUUGAGCCAGUACGAAAAGUUGAGGAAGAGACAAGCUUUUCUGGAUAAUUACAGGAACCAUCCAAUGUUUGCUGAUAAUGAUCUUUCAGAGUUUGAUGAAUCUAGAGACAUAAUUGAGAGUCUUGUAGAUGAGUACAAGGCUUGUGAAUCCCCAGAUUACAUCAAGUGGGGAAUGGAGGAUCCCAACCAUAUGCUAUCGGGGGAAGGAAAUGCUACCGGAACAGUGGACCCUAAAUUUGGUCUGUGAAUUAACCCAGGGCUCAGUAAAGACGGUAACAUAGGGUGUAUUCAGAUUUGAAUCUGUCCUGUUGAACAUGGUACGGUGUAUGUUGGUGUGGUGUGUCAUUUGCUAUAUCAAUAACAAAUGAAUCAAUUUGAUGGUGCAAUUCUGAUUGUGUAUAUUGAUGUUGGCAUUUCAUCUUUCAAAUAUUUUGUUUUGUUAUCAGCAAUUUUUGCUUUAGAUGUCUUAUUAGAUCCAAACAAGGAACAAAAAUUAUUAGCUC